AGAAACCAAAACCUCUGAGCUGAACAACAUUUACAGAAACACAGCAGAAUAAUAGUGAAUGUACACAAGCUGAAGUUGGCUUAUUAUUCAAAUUUUCUGAUCCACCUUAAACAGUGCAGCAGUAGUACGGCAUGUAAGGAGUGUAACUGCUGCACCAUUUAAGGUGGAGCUGGUGAGUAAAAAGUCAGUUUCACCCUCAUGGUUAAUGCAGCUCGUUUUAACAGCAGAAGCGUUUUAAAUCCGUCAGAUAGAGAGAGCACUGUUUCUCUAGGUUUACCAACAUGAGGAAAAUGGUCAGUUUGCCUGGUCAGUUUCUCUAGUAAGACUGGAGUUUAAGCACUGAGUGAGGGCUCACUUUGGGUCUCGAGUGUUUCUGUGUCACGAGGCUCUAGUUCAAGUGAAAGUCAGAGUCACGGGUGUUUAAGUGAAGUCUCAUGUCUGUUUUUAUUUUGUUGAGUCAAGUCUCAAUAAACUCGCCUUCUUUACUUAGUAAACUUUACUGCAUUUUACUGUAAACUCCACCCACAGUUUCUCAGAAUGCUUCCUUAUUGGUUCUGUGCUUCUUGAAAUCAUGUUCACUGAGGGACUCACUGCUGUUCUCCACACUUCAUCACUAACUUCAGUUCACUGUCUGGGAGAAGAGAAAACCAGGACUGGAUCUGGAUUUGAUAGAUUUUAUGAGGAUGAUCCAUAAUUAGAAGAACAAACCAGUGUCACUGCCUUGACUCUGAUCACUGCAGACUCAAGAACUUGCACGUCAGGAGGCCUAAUAUCCUCCCAGUGCACCUGUAUGUUUUCAGCUCUUUCAGUAACUGCACUGAGUGAAUAUGAGUUAUAUUUAUGACAGGGUCCUCGUGGAGUAAAUGAAGAGAUUGUGGUUUUAGUGUGAGGGACUGUCAGGGUUCAAAGGUCGUACAUAAAAGAGGGGCCAGGGAACGCCUCACUGAUAUCACACUUUAUCUACAAGUUCAAGGUUCAGCAACAAGAAAAAGACUUUGCACUGCUAAAAUGUGAAGAUAUAUCCAAAUCUGAAACCUUCAGCAGCGUCUGUUCAGUGAAGAUCAUAAACAGAGAAAAGCUCAGAGUCUGAUUCAGAGAGAUCAGACUCCCCUGAUCUCAGCUACGAUUCCAUGAAGAGUCAGUGAUCCACCAUGAAGAUCCAGAGAGGAGGACCGUUCCACUGAGAGGUUAUACAUGUUUAUGGAUGAACUGUUCACAGAGAGCAGCAUCUCCAGUGUCCAGCUGUGUGUGGAGAGUAAAACCUCAGUGAUGGAGCUUCAUCACUCCAGCAGUGGAGGAAGAACCUCUGAUUCAAAAGUGAAGCGUGCAGGACCUCCAGAACCCAGCUGUGUGUCUGUGAAGAGUGACCAGUCCAUGGAGGAACCUCUUAAAUUCAGCAGAGGAGGAGGAGAACCCAGCUGUGUGUCUAUGACAAGUGACAGGUCCAUAAGGAACCCUCCUGUAUUCAGCAGUGGAGAAACCAGCUGUGUGUCUAUGAAGAGUGACCAGUCGAUGACAUUACCAGCACAGUCCAGUGGAGGGAGAGGAACCUCUGACUCAGGGCUGCACUCCACACAAACAGCAGUGCAGAUAAACACUCUGGCAGAUAUUCAUCAACCAGUGGAUGACGUCCUUCACAGAGUCUUAGAGAGACACAAAACCAGCAUGAAGAACAAGUACGAGAGCUUAUUUGAGGGAAUCAGAACAGAAGAGAAUAAAACCCUUCUGAACAGGAUUUACACACAGCUCUACAUCAUAGAGGGAGAGAGUGAAGGAGUGAAUGAAGAACAUGAGGUUCUGCAGAUGGAGAAAACAUCCAGGAGACGCGUACAAGACUCUCCAAUCAACUGCUUAGACAUCUUUAAAACUUUACAAGGUCCUGAAGGAGAAACACUAGAAGAGAACAUUAGAGCUGUGAAGGCUGACAGUCUCAGACACAAAGAAAGAAAAGAAGAUCACAGACCAAAAGAGCCAGAGCUCAGAAGUGUUCUGACUAAAGGCAUCGCUGGAAUUGGAAAAACUGUCUCUGUGCAGAAGUUCAUUCUGGACUGGGCUGAAGGAAAAGCCAAUCAGGAUGUAGAGUUCAUGUUUGUGCUUCCGUUCCGGGAGCUGAACCUGAUUAAAGAUGAUCAAUACAGUCUUCAUGGACUUCUGUGUGACUUCCAUCCUGAGCUCAAAGAUCUGGACCCAGAUAUUUAUGAUCAGCUCAAAGCUGUGUUUAUAUUUGAUGGUCUGGAUGAAAGUAGAAUUCCACUGAACUUUGAACAGUGUGAGAAAGUAUCUGACAUCACCAUGACAUCAUCAGUGGGUGUGUUGAUGACGAACCUCCUCAAAGGAGAGCUGCUUCCCUCUGCUCUGAUCUGGAUAACCUCCCGACCAGCAGCAGCCAAUCAGAUCCCUGCUAAAUACAUCAAGCGUGUGACAGAAAUUCAGGGAUUCAGUGACCCACAGAAGGAGGAGUACUUCAGGAAGAGGAUCAGUGAUGAAGACCAAGCCAAGAGAAUCAUCUCCCACAUUAAGACAGCAAGGAGCCUCCACAUCAUGUGCCACAUUCCAGUCUUCUGCUGGAUCUCAGCCACUGUUCUUCAGCAAAUCAUCAAACAGCGUCAUACAGAAAUCCCUAAAACUCUGACUGAAAUGUACUCACACUUCCUGCUCAUUCAGACAAACAUGAAGAAUGAGAAGUAUGAGGAGAAAAAGAGGAGAAACCCAAAGAACCUGCUGGAGUCCAACAGAACCAUUCUACUGAAAAUGGCUGAACUGGCAUUCAAACAGCUGAUGAAGGGCAAUGUGAUGUUCUAUGAAGAGGACCUGAGAGAGAGCAGCAUUGAUGUCACUGAGGCCUCAGUGUAUUCUGGGAUUUUCACUGAGAUCUUUAGGGAGGAAUGUGUGCUUUACCAGAGGAAGGUCUACUGCUUUGUUCAUCUGAGCUUUCAGGAGUUCCUGGCUGCUGUUUAUGUGUUUCACUGCUAUGAGAGGAAAAACAUGAAGGAACUGCAGAUGUUUAAACCACAGUACAGUGAGUGGUCUAAGAAAGUUCCUCUGGAUGAGGUUCUGCAGGGAGCAGUGAAUAAAGCUGUAGAGAGUCAGAAUGGACACCUGGAUCUUUUCCUCCGUUUCCUGCUGGGCAUCUCACUGGAGUCCAAUCAGAGAUGCCUACAGGGUCUACUGACCCCAACACAGAGCAGCUCAGAGAGAACCAGAGAGCACAUCAAGAGAUUAAUCAAAGGAGAUUAUUAUCACAUCUCCACUGAGAGAUCCAUCAAUCUGUUCCUCUGUCUGUCUGAAAUGAAUGACCAGUCUCUCUCCAGAGAGAUUCAGGAGUAUCUAAACUCAGAGAGACACUCAGAGGAGAAGCUUUCUCCUGGACAGUGUUCAGCACUAGCCUGCAUGCUUCUAACCUCAGAGGAGGUUCUGUAUGAGCUGGACCUGAAGAAAUACAACACAUCAGAGGAGGGUUAUAAGAGACUGAUCCCAGCUCUGACUGUCUGCAGAAAAGCUCGACUAGCUUGGUGUGGUCUCACCAAAAAUUCCUGUGAGAAUCUAUCAUCAGCUCUACAAUCUAUAAACUCGUCCCUGAAAGAGCUAGACCUCAGUAGCAAUGACCUUCAGGAUUCAGGAGUGGAGCUGCUCUCUGCUGGACUGAAGAAUUCAUAUUGUAAACUGGAGACACUCAGAUUGUCUGGCUGUAUGGUUACAGACAAAGGCUGUUCUUCUCUGGCUUUAUCUUUGAAAUCAAACCCCUCCCACCUGAGAGACCUGGAUCUGACUUAUAACUACCCAGGAGAGUCUGGAUUGAAGCUGCUGUCUGAUCUACUGGAGGAUCCACACUAUAAACUGGAGAAACUACAGGUGGAUCAUGGAGGGAAGAUCAGGAUCAAACAAGGACCACAGAAAUAUGCUGUUAAUCUCACUCUGGAUCCAAACACAGUGAACAGUCGUCUCUCUCUGUCUGAGAGGAACAGAAAGGUGGAGGAUGUGGGAGAAGAUCAGUCAUAUCCAGAUCAUCCAGACAGAUUUGAUGGCUGGUCUCAGGUUCUGAGUGUGGAGAGUCUGACUGGACACUGUUACUGGGAGGUUCAGUGGAGCAGAAGAGCUGAAAUAUCAGUAUCAUACAGAGGAAUCAGGAGGAAAGGAGACAGUGUUGACUGUGUGUUUGGAUUCAAUAAACACUCAUGGAGUUUGGAGUGCGAUAAUACCAGAUACACUGUCUAUCACAAUAAACAGAGAACUGACCUACCUGCCCCCCCCUCCCCCUCUAACAGAGUAGGAGUGUAUCUGGACUGGGGGUCCGGCACUCUGUCCUUCUACACUAUCUCCCCUAACACACACACACUGACCCACCUACACACACUCACCACCACAUUCACUGAACCGCUCUACACUGGAUUUAGAGUUUAUUCUGACUCCUCAGUGAGUCUGUGUGAGAUAAAAUAAGCAGAGAGAGAGAGAGAGAGAGAGAGAGAGAGAGAGAGAGAUACGGGCGGGGAGGGGUUCGUUGUGUUUGUUGUUUAUCAGUUUGAUCUCAGUUUGUAAAUAUGAGAGAAAUCAAACCUUUCUGUGUUUAAAUUAUUCAGAAUAAAUAAAGAGAAUAAAAUAAA